AUUAUCCCCUUUCUCUAUCUUCUUCUUCAUUCACUUCUUCAGCAUCCAUUCAUAUCAUUGAAAACAAACAAUGGCAGUUUCCUUAUCAUCUCUCACAUCUUCCCUCUCUUCACUCUCCUUCUCCUCCAACAUCUCUUCCAAACCAACCACUCUUUCUCUCCCCAGAACCUUCUCCCUUUCUCGCUCUCCCAAAUUCCAUUCUCUCACUGUAACUGCAACAACACUCGCUUCCCCUGCCGAACCCGAAAUCGCUGACCUCAAAACUUACGUUAAAUCCAGACUUCCCGGUGGAUUCGCCGCUCAGACUAUAAUCGGUACCGGUCGCCGGAAAACUGCUAUUGCUCGUGUUGUUCUUCAAGAAGGAACGGGAAAAAUCUUCAUUAAUUACCGUGAUGCUAAGGAAUAUCUUCAAGGAAAUCCGAUAUGGCUUCAAUACAUUAAGGUGCCCUUAUUAACUUUGGGAUACGAAACUAGUUUUGAUGUGUUUGUUAAAGCCGAAGGUGGUGGCCUUUCUGGUCAAGCUCAGGCGAUCACCCUUGGUAUUGCUCGUGCGUUGCUGAAGGUUAGUGAAGGUCAUAGAGUACCUUUGAGACAACAAGGGCUUCUGACUAGAGAUUCUAGAUCUGUUGAGAGGAAGAAAGUUGGUCUCAAGAAAGCUCGUAAAGCUCCUCAAUAUUCUAAACGUUGAGGGUGGAGUUUUACAUGUAUCGUCUGUCCUUUUUAUCCUUCCUUGUGUCUCUGUAGUUCGUUACUUUCAGUUUCAGAACCAUUGAUUGUAGGUUUCACUGAGGCCUUUGUAUUCGGAAUCCUGCCCUUUGUUUCCUUAUUCUUUUAACAGUAUGGAAUUGGGAAAUGUAGGUAACUAGCCAACCCAAAUACACCUUUUUACUAUGUUGAAGGUCUCUUUGGAGACCUGAAAUAUAUGUUAUUUCCUCUUUUAAUUGAUUAUGUGUAUUAUUUGUUCCUUGUUCAAGUGUAUUGAAAUGUGUGAAACAUUGUAUCUAAAUAUCUCAACUAUCUGUAAAAUUUCUGGAGAUGGUUGAUGUGGCCU